AGUCCAUCCAUCACUUGCCAAGUUCUGGAAUCUCCUGCCCUCUCUCUCUCAAAGAAGCACAAAUCACAGUAGCCCCAAAACAAGAAAAAAAUGUCACCUUUUUCCCGUUACACUCUUGCCUCCUUCAUCUUCCUCUCCUUCAUCAUCUAUCCUUCCACAGCCACAACGAGAAAGCUCACCGCCCUCGUCAAAGAACAGCCUCUCAUCCUCAAGUACCACAACGGCCUUCUCCUUAAAGGCAAUUACGCCCUCAAUCUUAUCUGGUAUGGUACAUUCACCCCCACUCAACGUUCCAUUAUAGUCGAUUUCCUCCAAUCCCUCAACCAAAACACAAACCCAUCUCCCCCUUCCGUGUCUUCGUGGUGGAAAACCACUGAAAAAUACAAAGCGGGGCCCAGCAAUCUCAUCUUAGGGAAACAGAUCCUGGACGGAAACUACCCUCUGGGGAAAUCCCUCAAGAGCAGCGACAUCUUAGCUCUAGCUGCUAAGGCCGGUGGCGGGAAUGUAAUAAACGUGGUCCUCACGUCCAAGGAUGUGGCCGUUGAAGGUUUCUGCAUGAGUAGGUGUGGGACCCAUGGGUCGGUGCGGGGUGCGCAGGGUAAGGGCCGUUUCGCGUACGCCUGGGUCGGGAACUCAGAGACUCAGUGCCCGGGUCAGUGCGCGUGGCCCUUUCACCAGCCGAUUUACGGCCCGCAAACGCCGCCGUUAGUAGCACCUAACGGUGACGUUGGGGUUGACGGAAUGAUCAUCAAUCUGGCGACGGUUUUGGCUGCCACCGUUACGAAUCCGUAUGCGGGAGGGUAUUACCAAGGGCCGGCUAACGCGCCGUUAGAGGCCGUUUCGGCCUGUACGGGCCUUUUUGGAAAGGGGGCUUAUCCGGGCUACCCAGGUGAGUUGCUGGUGGAGAAGUCCACGGGUGCUAGCUACAAUGCGCUGGGGGUGAAUGGGAGGAAGUACUUGUUACCAGCGAUGUGGGACCCAAAGACAUCCGCAUGCUUGACGCUUGUUUAAGAUGGACAGAGAUCGAGAGGUGUUUGUACGUAUGUAGAUACGGUGUCUUACCGUAGAUAUACUCUCUCUUUCUCUAUCUCUCUCUCUUAUAUAUACAAUAUAAAUACCCUCUUUUGUAGUUUUGCUGUUGUGGACUGUACUGUAUGUAUCAAAAUGAAAAAAAAAAGUUAUAAAUGGAGAAAGAAGAUCGGUUGAAUAA